UGAGAGCCCGUCUCCAUGUUGAAGUCAAUGGACCUGGAUCUGACCACGUUGUUUACAGGUUAUCAUUCUAGGUGAUAGCGGUGUUGGUAAGACGUCGUUGAUGAACCAGUAUGUCAACAAAAAGUUCAGCACGCAAUACAAGGCUACGAUCGGAGCUGAUUUCUUGACAAAAGAGGUCAUGGUGGACGAUAAGCUUGUUACUAUGCAAAUUUGGGAUACAGCCGGCCAAGAGCGCUUCCAAAGUUUGGGUGUAGCAUUUUAUCGAGGUGCAGAUUGCUGUGUUCUUGUAUACGAUGUCAAUACCCCCAAAUCAUUCGAAUCAUUGUCUUCCUGGGUCGAUGAGUUUUUGGUUCAAGCAUCGCCUCGCAACCCAGACAGCUUCCCGUUUGUUGUGCUCGGAAACAAGAUUGAUGUCGACGAGUCAAAAAGAAUGGUUUCGGCGAGAAGAGCCCAUCAAUGGUGUGAAUCCAAAGGAGGUAUUCCGCAUUUCGAAACAUCCGCUAAAGAAGCCAUCAAUGUUGAGCAAGCGUUCCAAACUAUCGCUAAGAACGCGUUGGCUAUGGAAUCCGACGUUGAAUUGUAUAGUGACUUGAAUGACCCCAUUCGCAUCGAUAAUGACAGUACGAAUGACUUUGGCGGAUGUGCCUGCUAGAAUCUUUAUUCUAUAACCUUUUUCUAAUACGUCCUUCUUAUUAAUGGGCCCUGCUUUGUGCAGAUACCUUUUGUCCACUGCCCCUUUUUAUAUAAUAAUAUCAACAAUGCUAUUUUUUCUCCCAAGCCCGCAUACCGUCAUUGAGCUGUAAGUGUUUCCCCUCUUAGAGACGCGAGGUAGUAC